AUGAAAAAGCCAACUUGUUGGACAGGUGAAUCGGUUGAACUGUGCUCACAUGAACUUAUAACUUACAUUGAUCCACUGAAAUACCAAGAAGGAGUAAAGUAUACUUCAUCGUAUGUGGCCUUUAUGAAGGAAUUUUGCAAUCUUUCUAGUGAUAUUCGAAUUAAUUCAAGUUUUUCAGACAUAAUCGAAACUAAACAGGAAUGCUCAUUCAACAAUUCUAUACAAUAUUAUGAUUUAUUUAUUCAGUGUUCACGUAAUGGAACACUAAAACAGUUUUAUGACCGCCAACUCAACUGUCAAUGGAUUAAAAGACAACAUAAAACUCCGGUUGUUUUUCAUCAAAUAAAACCACAGAUUUUUAAUUACCCAGUGAAAAUUAAGAAAUUCAAAUUGACCAACACUUUAAUCUCAAACUUCUACAGUAGACGAAAUUGUCCAUUGGGAUAUUAUCGUGAACUGUUGAUCAAUACAACAGAAUGCAUUCAAUGUCCACCUGAUCAUUUUGCUGAUGAAUAUACGUCAUCAUACUCAUGUGAUCCAUGUCCUGUACAUCGACCAAUAACUAGGGGUAUUACAGGAGCAAUUUCUAUGCAUUGUACUGGAAAGAUAAUAUCCAACAAAAGACGGAAUCACAGGUUACGUAAACACAUCCCAUUUGAACAAGAGUUUGCAACAAAAGUAAAGCGAAAUAUUCAACAAAUCAGUGUAAAGAUUACCAGUAGUCAAGAAAAUGUUAGAGACCGUUUGAUGAAAUGGCUAGGACCUGAUUCGAAUCGAAUAAAACUACAAGAUGAAGCGAUCAAUGUGUUUAAGCAAUUAAAUUGCCUUGGAUUUUCUUCAAAAGAAUUAUUCCUAAUGAUAAUAUCAUCUACUGGAAUAGCAUGGUUUGGAAUAUGUCUAACAUUCAUUUUAUUCCUCAGUGUACAAGAACCAUUUCAUUAUUAUAAAAGAGGAAGAAAGAAUGCUAAGUAUAGAACAAAAUUUGAUAAAGCCUAUGAUUCACUGGUAUGGAUUUCAUCAUUUUUCUUACAAUCGAUUCUUCGUUUCCCACUACAUUUAUUUCAUGGACUACAUAGGCGUACAAGUGAAGUGUCAAGGAAAUUAAGCCAAAGUGCAUUUUUAAUAAGACUUUCUAUGGUUAGACGUGAAACGUUGAAUGUUUUUCGUCAACAAUUAAUUCAUGAAGAAUUAUUUGAAAUGCGACAAGCAAUAAUAUUACAAGAUAUUUUAACUGAAUUAACAAUUGCUCGUAUUAUUGAAGCAUAUGAAAAUGAACAAACUAAAGAUUAUAAAAAACAUCUCAGUCAAAUGACAUCUAGUUCAAUGAGUAAACAACUUGGUAGUAUUGACGAUAAUUUCGAAAAUUCUAUCAAUAGUAAACGAAUACAACGUGAAGUUGAAGUGUUGAAACCAUAUUUUCAUAUACCAAGACAUUAUAGUACAGCAUUUUUCUUAUUGCAUCCAAAAUUUUGGCGCCAAGUUAGUAAACCAUGUUCAAAAUUCAAUGCACCAUUUUAUCCCUUAGAAAUCAAAGAUGGAGAAAUAUAAUAACUGAGAAUAAAUAAAUAAGUUCAAUGUAACAAAACAAAAAUGAAUAUUAACAGCAAAAACGCUUAAUUGUUUGAUUCAUUUUCACUUCAAUUGAAGGUUCAAUGUUUCAAUGUUAGACAUUCACUUUUCCAAUAUUUG